UCGCAGCCCAACGAAAGAUCAAACCCAAACCCCAAAGCCUUACUAGUUACUAUAACUGUACCCUACUGUACUUGCUUACUGCUUACUCGUCCCGCAAUGGCAACGCUGUUCGUUUGCUCGACUCCGCAAGCAAAUCUACAUUCCUCUUCAUCCUCCUCGCUAUCUCUGCAGCAAUCUCCGGCCGCAGCCACUUUUAUGAUGGCCACCUCCACCUCUACCUCCACAAUAUCUCACCCAUGCGCUGCUGCAUUGUCGUCCCAUAAUUCCUUCCUCUUCAACCACUUCUCCGCUCUCUCCCUCUCUCCCCUAAUCAAAUCUAAGCAGGUUUACCUCCUGAAGAAGACCAAGAAGAAUAAGAAGAUGUCCCCUGUCGUUCGGAUGUCGUGGGACGGUCCGCUUUCCUCCGUCAAAGUCAUCUUCCAAGGCAAAAAUCUCGAGCUGACCGAUACAGUUAAGAGUUACCUAGAGGAGAAAGUCGGUAAGGCCGUUCAGAAGCAUAGUCACCUUGUGAGAGAAGUCGAUGUCCGGUUAUCCGUUCGGGGUGGAGAGAUUGGGAAGGGCCCCAAGCUGCGUAGAUGCGAGGUAACUUUGUUCACGAAGAAACAUGGUGUAAUUCGAGCAGAGGAGGAUGCUGAGACGCUCUAUAGCAGUAUAGACUUGGUUUCCUCAAUCAUCCAGAGGAAACUAAGAAAAAUUAAGGAGAAAGAUUCCGAUCACGGUCGGCAUAUGAAGGGUUUCAACAGACUAAAAGUUCGGGACCCGGAGGUCCAAGUCUUGGAAAAGAAUCUGGAACCACUUCGCCAGCAAGAUGAAGGGGACCAAAUCGAUGAGAUUGUUCGUACAAAAUACUUUGAGAUGCCACCCCUGACCGUCACUGAAGCCUUAGAGCAGUUAGAAAAUGUUGAUCAUGACUUCUAUGCUUUCAGAAAUGAAGAAACUGGUGAGAUCAAUAUUCUUUACAAAAGAAGAGCUGGGGGAUAUGGGUUGAUUAUUCCUAAAUGCAACGGAGAAACUGAGAAGCUAGAACAAGUGAUUGUAGAACCAAUGAAGGAGCCCUCUAUGGUAGAGUAGAAGGGUUGACGGUGCUGGAAGCUCGUUAAGUUCAAAUUGGCAGUAGAAUUUCUGAAGAGAGAGACUUUGUACAUGUAAGAGAUGCAGAGUUAACCCAAACUUAAUAUGGAUCUGAUCCUAG